UACAGCAUAGACACCAAGAUCCAUCUUCCCAGUUCCCGCUUCGGGAGUUUGCCCUCCAUCGCAGCCUAAGAGAGAGAGAGAGAGAGAGAGACGGAGAGACGCGGCGAAACCCUCGCCUGCUAAGAGUGUGUCUUGCUUUCUCUUCGGCUGUGGCCUCAUUGACCUGAAUUUGUGUCUCACCCACAGCACUUGCAACGUUCUUUUGUUGUUCUUUGACAGCUGAGUACUGAUGGUCUGAUUCCUUGCAAGGUAAACAGAGAGACUGAAGGUGAGAGCCCUCCGAGAAGAAUUAUGGCGAUAUUACGAAGAGAUGCUGCAUUCUUCUGGCUGAUUGCUUUUGCCUUGCCUCAGUGCUGGGCUGCGAGGCCACUCGAGGUUUCUGCCAAGAGCGCAGCUCCAAUUCUCAGUGACAGCGCCCACGUCCAAACCGACAAUUUCACACGCCGAGUGCUCGCUGGCUGCGGAUCCGGCAACCCCAUUGACGACUGCUGGAGAUGCGACCCACUUUGGAGGGAAAACCGACAAGGGCUCGCAAAUUGCGCAAUUGGGUUCGGCAGAAGUGCAGUCGGAGGGAGGAAUGGUGAAAUCUACGUUGUCACAGACGAGAGUGACGAUGAUGUGGUCAAUCCUGCACCGGGCACACUCCGCUGGGGCGUGGUUCAAAGUGAGCCCCUAUGGAUUGUGUUCUCCCGCAACAUGAACAUCAAGCUGAAGGAGGAGCUGCUAAUGAACAGCUACAAGACCCUGGAUGGACGAGGUGCCAAUGUGCACAUUGCUGGAGGAGCUUGCAUCACUGCCCAGUAUGUGAGCAACAUCAUAAUUCACGGCAUUCACAUCCACGACUGCAAGUCCACCGGCCCUGCGGACAUCCGAAGUUCUCCCGACCACUUCGGAUACAGGGGCAGGGCGGACGGAGACGCAGUGUCGAUCUUUGGGUCCCACGACAUCUGGGUGGAUCACAAUUACCUCUCUAAUGGAGCCGAUGGCCUGGUGGACGUGAUCGAAGGCUCCACGGGCAUCACAAUCUCCAACAACUACUUCAGCAAUCACGACAAGGUGAUGCUACUGGGAGCUCACCCAGAUGACAGCUUCGACACCGCGAUGCUGGUCACGGUUGCGUUCAAUCACUUUGGAGAGGGCCUAGUUGAGCGCAUUCCGAGGUGCCGAUACGGGUAUUUUCAUGUGGUCAACAACUAUUACACCAGCUGGGCGAUGUAUGCCAUUGGAGGAAGUGAAAACCCCACCAUCAACAGCGAGGGCAACCAUUUCGUAGCGGGAAACGCCAAGGAGAUCACCAAGCGCAUCAACGAUGAUGGCAGCAAGAUUGACGGCUGGGAGAACUGGAACUGGCGAAGCGCAGGGGACUUGUUCGAAAACGGCGCUUUCUUCAUUGACUCGGGGUCAAGAGGCUCAGGCAGCUUCUAUGCCAAAGCCACCAGCUUCUCUGCUCGACCGGCUGUCCUGGUUGCCAGCAUGACCAAUGAUGCAGGUCCGCUCAUGGUAUAGAAAUCCGAUGCUGGAGCGAUAAUGGCUGAAUCAGCCAACCUAAGCUUGAUUUUGGGGGAAAGAUCAAUUUAUCCUCACAUACAUCAUUAAGAGAGUUAUUACAAAGUUAUGGGGUUGUAAAAUGGAGAGUGUUCUGCUUCUGGAGACAUCAGCGGCCUGAUGUGGACCCUUCUCAAUGUAACACUAACUGUUUAUGCUUGAGGGUGAGAUAACGUCAAAACCUCCCGUCGACCUGACACAGAAUCUAAGUGUUGGAGUUGAGCUAAACCGUGAUUUUGAGAUCUAUGAUUAUCGAUUACAAUCGUGUGUAACAAUUGUUCUCGUUCGACGUUAUGAUGCGCGCUUCUGACAAGCUCGCAGUCGAGGACUUUCUGUUCUGUUAGCUUAGGUACAGAUUCGUCGUGAGAUUUUUUUUUUUUUUAUGAUAAUGUAGAAACAUUCCAUUGUACACACAUUUUAGAUAUCAGUUGUCAUUUCUAAUGGAUGUGAGCAGGGUCUCAUUUCGAUUUACCAUC